GGCGCUCAACCGCCCCGGCCCGGGUGGAGGGGAGCUCGGGCAGCAACAGGCGGUCUCCCCGCCAGCCCCAGACCCGCUAGCGAGUUGCGGGAGGGGAGAGCUGAGGUCCCGCGCCAGGUCUUCCAGGGGGACGAACAGCUUCGGAGCCGAGUGCGGGGCCAAAAGCCGCCUUGGUGAUUUGUUGUGGAAAUUUAGAUUUGCAAAAUGAAUAAAGAUGCACAGAUGAGAGCAACUAUAAACCAAAAACUAAUAGAAACAGGAGAACGUGAGCGCCUUAAAGAGUUGCUGAGAGCCAAAUUAAUUGAAUGUGGCUGGAAGGAUCAGUUGAAGGCACACUGUAAAGAGGUAAUCAAAGAAAAAGGGUUAGAGCAUGUUACUGUUGAUGACCUGGUGGCAGAAAUCACUCCUAAAGGCAGAGCCUUGGUACCAGACAGUGUCAAGAAGGAACUCUUGCAAAGAAUAAGAACCUUCCUUGCUCAGCAUGCCAGUCUUUAACUUGGACAUUAAUUUUGAGUACAGUAUUUGCAUUGCUGUAUUAUAUAAAUCAUGCCACAAUUUGAAUGCAUUUUCCAUACUUUAGGACUGAAGUUCAAUGAUUUGUGUAUGAUUUGUUAUCAUUUCAUUACACUGUAUUAAUUUCUUAAACUUCUUGUUAUUUUAAUAAAAAAUGUUUUCAGAAC